UUUCUCAAUCCAUUCAUCUCUUUCUUUUGUUAAUCACAGAAAAAAAAACAAGUCUUCUUCAUUAUUCCUUUGCUUGCACAGCAUUGCAACAUGGGUAGACCUUGCUGUUACAAACAAAAGCUGAGAAAAGGUCUCUGGUCUCCUGAAGAAGACGAGAAGCUUCUAAAUUACAUCACCAAAAACGGCCAUGGUUGCUGGAGCUCUGUUCCUAAACUCGCUGGUCUCAAUAGAUGCGGUAAGAGUUGUAGACUCAGGUGGAUCAAUUACUUAAGACCUGAUUUGAAGAGAGGAGCUUUCUCUCCAGAGGAACAGAAUCUCAUUGUCCAGCUUCACGCUGUCCUCGGAAACAGAUGGUCCCAAAUUGCAGUGAGGCUUCCCGGAAGAACCGAUAACGAGAUCAAGAACUUGUGGAAUUCAUGCAUCAAGAAGAAGCUUAGGGUAAAAGGGAUCGACCCUAAUACGCAUAAACCUCUCUCUGAAGUUGAUAACGACCACAAGUCUCCAAGUUUAUCCUCAGAAACUAAUCAAGAAUUCAUUGUCGAGCAACCGUCUGAUUUCUUUGACUACUUGGCGUUUCAGAAGCUAAACUCCAGCCUCGAACACUCUGUUUCCCUUGACAGUUCGCUCUGUUCCAUGAUCCCUUCGCAAUUCAAGAUUGAUUGUUCUGUCUCAAAGGCGCUUUUCGAGCCCUCCGUUACUCUUUUUCCUCCUUCAGACAACACUUCAAGAACUGUCUCUGAAGAAGAUUAUGUAGAAGCGACAGAGCCUAAUUGGGAAUCAAACUGUGGAGGCAUGAUCAAUAAUACCUCGAGCAGCCUCGAAAAUCCUGGAUUGGAAGAUAUGAAAUGGUCAGACGAGUAUCUAAACGCAUCGUUUUUUACUCUACAGAACGAAAGCUCUAACACAAUUAACGUGAAAUCAGAAACGGAUUUCAACUCGAACACUGACUUUCCUUGGAGCCAAAGUCAAGCUAGUGACGUGUUCCACAAGGAUCUUCAAAGAAUGACAGUCUCUUUUGGUCAGAGCCUUUAGCAUUGCUUCUUUCUUUUUCUGAAAUUAUAGUUUAUUCUGUAUAUUCCUGUUUGGUACUAUAUGGUUUUUUUCCAGUUUGUUAAAAAGAUAAUGAUGCUGUCGACAAAUCAAAAGUUAUGAAUUUGCUUAAUCUAUUUAAGAAGAAAGAAGAACGCAAA